ACUGCUGCCAGCCUGGCCAGCACCUGUUGCCAACCCCCAGCCCUGUAACUGGAGCUGGCCUGGGAGGGGGCUGCAAAAGGACAGGUGGAAUUUCUGCAACCAGGCAACCCCCCCCAACCCAUUGGAUAUGCCUUUCCCUUCCCAGAACAAGGAAAGCCUGUCCCCUCCCAAGUGUCAACCUGAUCUCAUGGAUGAUGUCCCUAUUCUGUCUAGGGGGGCAGGGCUUGGGAGAUGGGGAAGGGUAUGAGUUUAUUGCUAUUUGCCCAAUGCCCCCCACUGGUUGCAAGAGCCUGGGCUUCCCUUAUUCAAGUUUUCUGAGCUCUGCUGCUCUGGCUGGGCUGGGGGGCAUGGUGGUGUGGGGAUGGGGGUGGUUUUCUGUUAAUGUUUUAAUUGCAUAAAAACUGGGAGCUCAGCUCCAGGCCAGUGGGGAGUCUAGGUCUGGCUGGCCUCCCGGUUUGGGCUAAAUAUAGUCUGGGACAUCUGCAGAGAAGGGGAGGGGAGUAGAGGGAGGUUCCAUUCCCCCCACCUCUGGCCAAGGUGCCCUCUCUGGGCGGGCACCUUGGAGCAGGGAGGGGGAUUCUUCAGCACAAAAGGCAGGGAAGAGGUGGGUGGGGGCUGGGCACAGACAAAACCUCACUGGCCUGGAGGCCAACAGAAGGCUGGGAUGAACCCGGAGGCUCAGGACAGCCCCGGAGUGGGGCACGGAGUGGGGCACAAAGGGCUGGAUCCAAAGGCUCUGCUCUCCUCCCCUCAGAACUGCCUGAGGUCAGGCAGUCUCUGUGUGUCACUGCGCCCGACUGUGUCACCGUGACCCACUCGCUGUGUGCUUGUGUGUACACACCUACCUUGGAGUGGCUCCCGCCCAGUCCUUCCCCCAGAGCCUCUGUCCCCUGGGUCCUACUGCAGGUCCCCAGCCCUUCCUUCUGUCCCUUGCCCCACAGCGAAACCUUCAGCCCAGGAAUCGAGACUUGAGAAGGGGAAGCUGCGGUGGGGAGUUCUCUGAUCUCCAGUCACGGCAGGAAGUGGAGGGGAGGAGGACAAGGGGGGGGACCGUGAGUGGCAGGCGUGGAGGGAGGGCCCGGCAGUCCUGCAGCCAACUUCGAACACUGUGGUAGGGGGUGGCCAACCUCCGGGCCACCCUUCUUCCCUGCAGCUCCAACUGGGGGAAACUUAGGGAACAGCUGAUUUCCCAGGGGCUGCUAACAAUCUUCAUCAUCCUCCCCACACUGAAAAAAAAAAGUCUUCCUGUCAUGUGACUGUCACUUCCUGUCCCACUGUGGUUCCUGGGAUGUUUGUUGUUGGUUACUAUGGAGAUGGCCGCUGUAGGCUUUACCCUGGUUCUUGUGGGGAGGAAAAUGCCCUUCCCCCUAGGCCCACAGUUGGAGGGGACUUGGGGGGCCCUUCUUGGGGCCGUUUCAGGCUAAGUGUGUGUGGUCUCUGAUGCCCCAGAUCCGCCAGGACCCCCCAGACUUCUGUCUGUGGGAAGGAGUCACAACUAUCUACUUAGACGAGUGUUGGGGGGGGACUGUGACCACACCAGGCUGUGCUUGACUGGGGGACUGUGUGAGUCUGAGAGCCUGUCCCUCCAGCCUGGGUCCCGCUGCCUUAUAAAGAUGCCAGCUCGUGUCUCCUGUUACUUUUGGAGCCUUCUCCCAUCCUGUGUUCUCCUAGAAACUACUUUUCCUAGGGAGUGUCUGUGGCUUCUUGGGGUCCAGGCUGGAGUGGGGUGGAGCUCUAGGCAGGAUCCCUGGUCGUGUGUGUUUUUGGGGGGAGUGGGAGGUGGUGCCCCCAUCCCCAGCCUGCACCAGCUUCUCCCUGAUCCUAGAGGCCUUGUGCUUAAGGGGCAAGCCAUAGGACAGUGACCCAUUCUCCCCAGCACCCUGGGCUUCUCUGUUAACUGGGGAUGCAGAGGGGAAGAGAUUCCCCCAAGUUCUAGCCCCAACUGAAUAUGCGUGGUGUAGGAAGUUCCUGGGGGGUCAAUGGAAGGGGGAGUAUGGGGCAGGACAGAGUCUGACUCAGGCCUGGUCUGGGGUCAGAGCCAAAAGGAUAUCCUGAGGCAGGAGGGGGUGGCGUUCCCCGCUUCCCUGCAGCCUGGGUCCCCAGGGAGGGAUGCUGCUGGGAGGGGACUGGUGGCACCGAGUCCUGCUGACGGCCAGUCUGCCCUAAGACUCAGAAUGGGGCAGUCACUGGGCUGGGGCAGAGUUGAAGGGAUGGGAGCAUUGCUGUAACCUUACACACACACACACACACACACACACACACACACACACACACUCACACGCUUCCUGUGUGCUCCAUCCAUCCAACGCCCCCUUUAUGAGAGGGUUGUGCUUCCUACACUGUGGAGGCUGGGAGAUGGUGGUGAGGGGGCAGCUGCCAAGGUGAGGGCGGGGAAAGCCCCAUGCCAGGAUGGGUGUGAAGACGGUGGUUUCCAGGCUGGGGGGUCCCCUUUUGUCUGUGCCCCUUUGGUCCCCCCACCCGGACAGAGCUGCCUUUGUUUGGUCCACACACUCCUGUGGUCUGGCUGUGGCUUGGGUUGGCUCAUCUCUUCCUCUUCCUGUUUCUUCCUUCCCCAGGGCUGCUCCUCCUUGAGGCCUGGGCUGCCCCCUGCCCUUUCACCUACUCUCUGCUCAGAGGAGGAGACUUCAGCUCUGGUUCUAGAGGGGACCCUCAGCCACCCUGGGCUUUGGAGGUCCUGAGCACAGCUCCCAUGGGGCUCUGGGCUGUGGUCCCCCAGGGGUGCAGGAGUUGGGGACAUUGCCUUGCCCAUCAGAGACCCCCAUUUCCUCCUCCCAGAACUUGGCCUGCCUUGGGCUUGGGCUUGUCCAGUUGCCUUUUGUGCCUGUUUCUCAGUCACUGCCGAGACUGUGGCUCAUGGAAGUCAGGGAGCCCUGCAUAGCUGGGGCAGAACCUGGGGCCGGGUGGGCACAAGUUAGGGAGACAGCAGACCCACUCUUCUUGAAGCAGGUGCUGUGACUUGGAGCAGCAGGGCAGUGGCAGCAUCCAGAGGAAGACACUGGACUUCAGCCCUCCCUUCCCCCUCCAGGGAUGUGCUCCGGGCCUGCACAUGCUUGGGGCAGGUUUUCAAACAAGUCCUAGCCCCAGCGAGGCAGGCCUGGGGUUCUGAGGUGCCCCCCACCUGUCUCAGCCUAGCCCAGGUGAUCCUUCUCAUAUACUCCUGGGGUGGUCUGCCCUGCAGCCCAGACACUGGUAAGCAGAAGGUAAAGGAAGGACCAGAACGGCCAGAUUGUGGGCUUGCUGGGCAGGGCUGGGUGAACGCUUUAGCUAGAGGAACCCUUGGGAAAAGGUAGUAGUGGUCAUCACUGCUCCCCAACUCCUGCCUGCAGAUCUGAGGAGCAGGGGGAAGGGAGAGGUUGUGGCUUUGUGUGAGUGUAUUUUUCUGGAAAGUUUAUAAAUAGUUCCAGCCCACUGCUCUGGUUUGAAAUCUGCCCCGUCCCGCCCUGCCUUGCUUCUGGCAAGGUAUGGGGUCCAAAGGGGCCAGGUGUGUGUUUCUGCCAGGGCUGGAGUUCCACAAGUUGAACUUGAGCUUUGGGUGUCAUUUGCAUAUGAUUCAUUGACUGUCUAGAAUUGUUAGGAAACCCCCUGUGCCCCCUUCUCUUAAGCUCCCCAAUCCUGAUUUCCUUCUCUCAGCCCCUCUGGGACUGCCUGCCUUCUGUUCCCUGGGAGCCAACGUUUCAAGAGAGCUGGGGAGGAGAGAGGAGAGGGUGACUGAGCCAGCCAGGUGUGGGGACCCCUGGCUCCUCUCCCCUGACAGUAGGGGAGGAAAUGGUCAAUUUCUCUUCCCCUCCUCCCCUCCCCAAAUCCAAAGGUUUCCCUUUUUUGGUUUGUGAAAUGAAAGAAGGGAAUUUAGGAAAGGGUUGUGGUCAGGCCUCCACCCACACCCCAAAUAUCCCUCUCCCCACAUCCCUCUCCUCAGUCUGGGGGAAGCAGACCCUGGAAAGUGGGUAAUUCUCUGGUCCAGCGCUGUCAACAGAUGCUACCCAGCGUUGGGAAGAGGGAAGGGAGAGCAGACACUGCCCAGGGAGGCCCUGGGUGGUGCUGAGAGGUGUGGGGAGAGGGGGGGACCCAGUUGCCCAGCACCUCCUGUGUGCCAGACGCUGUGCUGGGUGCUUUCCAGGACUUUUAUCUCUUAAAUCACACAACCAGUUGUUGAGGUAGGCAGUCCACAGUCGAGUAAACAGAUGCUUGGAGAGGUUAAGUGACUUGCCUAAGGUCACCCAGAGUGGCAGAGCUGAGAUUUGACCCUUCAAACCUCUGGGGUUUUUUUCUACCAUCUUCAAGGUGCAGCCAGCUCCUGCCUUUCCCUGUAGGCGUGUGACUCUGGGGAAUACCACGAAUGGGCAGCUGGGGACACAUGACCCUGGGAAGGAUUCUGGCACCUUGGUGAGGGAGGCCCCAGUGGGCAGGGUGUGUGGCUGAUGGCAGGCGCGCCAGCCCACACCCCUCUUUCUGCUGUGCUGAGUCGAGGCUCAGUGUGUCAGAGCGUCACAGGACAUGACCACCCCAGCCGCCUAGCCGGGGCCCAUCUAGGAGAGGCAUCCUUUUCGGCGUCCUGAAGGCCAGCUCUGGACCUUCCCAGGAAAGUGCCAGCUCACAGAACUGCUUGACCAACGGACCGGCUCUUGGGACGUCCCCCAACCCCUGGCCCCCAGCUAGAGUGGGGGCUCCAGGAGACUGAGAUUAGCCUGCUAGCCUUGGACAGCAGCUCCAGGACAGAAGGGGGGGUGGGUUGACCACCCAAACCCCCUCUGGGCCCGGGCCCCAUGCCCCGAGGAGGGGCGGCCUGAAGCCCGCCAGAGCCUUCCACCAAGACUGUCUGCCUGCCUUCUGACGGUGGCUGCUUGGCAUGGCCAGCAACAGCAGCUCCUGCCCAACACCUGGGGGAGGGCACCUCAAUGGGUACCCGGUGCCCCCCUACGCCUUCUUCUUUCCCCCUAUGCUGGGUGGACUGUCCCCGCCAGGCGCUCUGACCACUCUCCAGCACCAGCUUCCAGUUAGCGGCUACAGCACGCCCUCCCCAGCCACCAUUGAGACCCAGAGCAGCAGUUCCGAAGAGAUAGUGCCCAGCCCUCCCUCGCCGCCCCCGCUCCCCCGCAUCUACAAGCCUUGCUUUGUCUGCCAAGACAAAUCCUCAGGCUACCACUAUGGGGUCAGCGCCUGUGAGGGCUGCAAGGGCUUCUUCCGCCGCAGCAUCCAGAAGAACAUGGUGUACACGUGUCACAGGGAUAAGAACUGCAUCAUCAACAAGGUGACCCGCAACCGCUGCCAGUACUGUCGGCUGCAGAAGUGCUUCGAAGUGGGCAUGUCCAAAGAGUCUGUGAGGAAUGACCGGAACAAGAAGAAGAAGGAGGCCCCCAAGCCUGAGUGCUCCGAGAGCUGCACGCUGACACCAGAGGUUGGGGAGCUCAUUGAGAAGGUGCGCAAAGCGCACCAGGAGACCUUCCCUGCCCUCUGCCAGCUGGGCAAAUACACUACGAACAACAGCUCAGAACAACGUGUCUCUCUGGACAUCGACCUCUGGGACAAGUUCAGUGAACUCUCCACCAAGUGCAUCAUUAAGACUGUGGAGUUCGCCAAGCAGCUGCCUGGUUUCACCACUCUCACCAUUGCUGACCAGAUCACCCUUCUCAAGGCUGCCUGCCUGGACAUCCUGAUCCUGAGGAUCUGCACGAGGUACACGCCCGAGCAGGAUACCAUGACCUUCUCGGACGGGCUGACUCUGAACCGAACCCAGAUGCACAACGCCGGCUUUGGGCCCCUCACAGACCUGGUGUUUGCCUUCGCCAACCAGCUGCUGCCCCUGGAGAUGGACGAUGCUGAGACCGGGCUGCUCAGUGCCAUCUGCCUCAUCUGUGGAGACCGGCAGGACCUGGAGCAACCAGACAGGGUGGACAUGCUGCAGGAGCCGCUGCUCGAGGCGCUGAAGGUCUACGUGCGGAAACGGAGGCCCAGCCGCCCCCACAUGUUCCCCAAGAUGCUGAUGAAGAUCACGGACCUUCGAAGCAUCAGUGCUAAGGGGGCCGAGCGGGUGAUCACGCUGAAGAUGGAGAUCCCAGGCUCCAUGCCGCCUCUCAUCCAGGAAAUGCUGGAGAACUCAGAGGGCCUGGACACUCUGAGCGGACAGCCGGGGGGUGGGGGGCGGGACGGGAAUGGCCUGGCUCCCCCACCCCGCAGCUGUAGCCCCAGCCUUAGCCCCAGCUCCAACAGAAGCAGCCCGGCCACCCACUCCCCGUGACCGCCUGCGCCCCAUGGACACAGCCCUUGCCCCUUGCCCGGCUUUUCUCUGCCUUUCUACCAACCAUGCAACCCCAGCCAGCCCUGCCCCACCUGUCUUCCUUCCCGGGACAGGAGGAAGGAGGUGGCUGCUCCUUGGACAGAGGCCUGGGUGCUGUGGACUGUUACUCUGCGGCCUGGGGCAAGGUCAUGAACUGAGUGAGGACCCCUGGUUCUGGGUCUCAGGAUGGGGCCUGGGGGCCUCGUGUUCAUCAAGACACCCCUCUGCCCACCUCGCCACAUCUUCAUCACCAGCAAAUGCCAGGACCUGGCUCCCACAUCCUCAGAACUUGCAAGCCAUUGCCCCCCGGUUGGGGAACCCCCUUGCCUCGGUUGGUGACAGAGGGGGUGGGCCAGGGGUGGAGGGUUCCCCUUGUACAUACCCUGCCAUACCAACCCCCAGGUAUUAUUGCUGGUUUUGUUUUUAUUUUAAUUUUUUUGGUUUUGAUUUUUUUAAUAAGAAUUUUCAUUUUAAGCACA